AUGUCGGAGCCCAGGGACCGGUUAAACAGGCCUGAAGACAUUUCGGUGAGGUUCAGUCGUCGAAGGAGGUCAAUCGGUAGUGGCAUCGGAAUCUUAGCUGAUGAACCAGAGAUAGGGUUGGGAACUCCGUUCCGGUGGGGUGAUACGGCAAUGAUGGGGACACGUAGACCGAUUGGAGUGGCAGCUACGCGAGCAAGAGGUGGUGGUGGUGUUGGGAGGGGUAGUUUGGGAACACCAAGAAUUGCAGGAAAUGGGCGUGGCCGGAAUAUUUACAGGUCGCCGGUGGCGGUAGUGGGUCAACAAAACAUGCCGCCGGGGGGACGUGGCGGGCUAGUUAUUGGUCGCGGCCGAGGACGAGGGAGGAGUGGCAGUGUGUUACCUUCUUGGUACCCGAGAACUCCUCUUCGUGACAUCACCGCUAUUGUGCGGGCCAUAGAAAGAACAAGAGCUCGCUUGAGAGAAAUGGAAGGCCAACAAAUUGAGAGUCCUAUACCCCAGGACCAGGCUGUUCUUUAUCCAUCUGUAACUAUAUCAGGUGCUCCACUUGAGCACGAUUUUUCUAUGAUUUCCCCAAAUCCAACAAUUGGAAUCAGGCAUUGUACACCAUCUGUUGGUAGAGUGCCCAAGAUAUUGCUUGAUGUCACCAAUCAGAAUGCAGGAGAAUCAGAUUUUCUCACACCCCAGAAGAAAUUGCUGAAUUCAAUCGACACAGUUGAGAAAGUUGUGAUGGAGGAGCUGCGUAAAUUGAAGAGGACUCCCACUGCUAAGAAGGCAGAGAGGGAAAAAAGAGUCCGCACUUUGAUGUCAAUGCGCUAAUCAACGUAUAUUUUGUUCUGAUUUCUUCAUCAACCAUGGUUGAUAGCAUAGAGAUUAAGGAUUUUGGAUGAAAGGAGAAUGGACCGACCUGCGUUGUAAGAUUGAUCAUCUUCUGAUGAUCUGUUGGGCUCUCGUUUGUUUCGAAAGAUAGUGCCAUUUUUCUAUUUCUACAUCUUCUUCACAUGUUAACUUCUACCCGAAGAUCUUACCUGAGGAUCACUAGGCGAUUUUGCUCAUAAUGUCAUCUGCUGAAGGUUUUGAUGUAGGAUUAGUAGAUACUUUUGUUUCCAGUUCCUUUCAUUUACCCAAGUUCUUGAUGUAGGAUUAUAGUGUGGCAUUGAACUGAUGUACAUAAAUGGCCAGAUUGCACUCUUUGUUUCAUUACUUGAUGAGGUCUUUUGCCCUUGUAACUGUUGUUCUUAAUAUGAUAAGGCAGUAGUCAUUCUAUCUUAAUAUGAUAACUCUGGG